CCCUUUCAUCCGAUGGUGAAUUUGGAAUGCUCCAGAGAUUUUCGGCCAUUUCUUUGUGCCCUCUACGCUCCUGUGUGCAUGGAGUACGGCCGUGUCACCCUCCCGUGUCGCAGACUCUGUCAAAGGGCGUACAGCGAGUGCUCCAAGCUCAUGGAGAUGUUUGGGGUCUCUUGGCCUGAGGAUAUGGAGUGCAGCAGAUUCCCGGAUUGUGAUGAGCCAUAUCCUCGUCUUGUUGACCUCAAUUUAGCUGGGGAGCCCACAGAAGAGACCCCAGUGGCAGUACAGAGGGAUUAUGGUUUUUGGUGUCCUCGGGAGUUGAAAAUAGACCCUGAUCUGGGUUACUCUUUCCUGAGGGUGCGGGACUGUUCCCCUCCUUGCCCAAACAUGUACUUUCGGCGUGAAGAGCUCUCCUUUGCUCGCUACUUCAUUGGAGUGAUUUCCAUCAUCUGCCUCUCCGCUACCUUGUUUACUUUUUUGACUUUUCUGAUCGAUGUCACAAGAUUUCGCUACCCAGAAAGACCGAUAAUAUUUUACGCUGUCUGUUACAUGAUGGUGUCGUUAAUUUUCUUCAUUGGCUUUCUGCUUGAAGACCGAGUAGCGUGUAACGCAUCCAGCCCUGCCCAGUACAAGGCUUCCACCGUGACACAGGGCUCUCACAACAAAGCCUGCACCAUGCUCUUCAUGGUGCUCUAUUUCUUUACCAUGGCUGGCAGUGUCUGGUGGGUCAUUCUUACCAUCACAUGGUUUUUGGCAGCUGUGCCAAAAUGGGGCAGUGAAGCCAUCGAGAAGAAAGCCUUGCUCUUCCACGCCAGCGCCUGGGGCAUUCCAGGAACUCUAACCAUCAUCCUCUUAGCAAUGAAUAAAAUUGAAGGUGACAAUAUUAGCGGCGUAUGUUUUGUUGGCCUCUAUGAUGUGGAUGCAUUAAGAUACUUUGUACUUGCACCUCUCUGCCUGUAUGUUGUUGUUGGAGUUUCCCUCCUGCUAGCUGGCAUUAUCUCUCUCAAUCGGGUUCGCAUUGAAAUCCCAUUAGAAAAAGAGAACCAGGACAAACUGGUGAAGUUCAUGAUCCGGAUUGGCGUGUUCAGUGUUCUCUACCUCGUGCCACUGUUGGUUGUAAUUGGCUGCUAUUUCUAUGAGCAGGCUUACCGAGGUGUGUGGGAGACGACGUGGAUUCAAGAACGCUGCAGAGAAUAUCACAUCCCGUGUCCCUACCAG